AUGGGUGGCUAUGCCCUCACAAUUGAACUUGCAACAAGAGGAGACUUUGUGCAGUCUGUGCAAGGAUGGGGAGGUAACAAUGGACCUAUCUCUGUCACUUUGUUGCUCUGUGAACUUAAACAACAAUCUGAAAAUUCGGCACUGAGCCUCGGGCGCACAGUGAGGGUGGUGCGUGAGGGGCAUGCAUGGGUUGCGGGGUGGGGGGAAGGGCGCGGCUGCCAGCCUGGCACUAAUGUCUCCCUUUGUGUCUUCCUCACUCUGUCCUCUCCCCUGCGUGCGCCGGGCCCACCGACUCCCACGACCCUGAAAGAAGGACUGGAAAAAAUGCCUGACUUCCCCUCAGAGGAGGACUGCAGACUUAAAACAAUAAAUGUAGAUCUUCAAAGUGAUGAUGCUCUGCAAGUGGACAUUUCUGAUGCCAUUAGUGAGAGAGAGAAAGUAAACUUCACUGUACACACAAAGAGUUCAUUGCCAAAUUUUAAACAAAAUGAGUUUUCUGUUGUUCGGCAACAUGAGGAGUUUUUCUGGCUUCAUGAUUCCUUUGUUGAAAAUGAAGACUAUAACGGUUACAUUAUCCCUCCAGCACCACCAAAACCUGAUUUUGAUGCUUCAAGGGAAGAACUGCAGAAGCUUGAAGAAGGGUCCAUGACGAAGGAGGAAUUCACAAAGAUGCAGCAGGCACUGGAAGCUGAAUAUUUGGCAAUAUUCAAUAAGACUGUUGCAAUGCAUGAAGUCCUGUGCCAUGUGGCAACACAUCCUAUUUUGAGAGAAGAUUUAAGUUUCCAUGUUUUUUUGGAAUGCAAUCAAGGUUUGAGUGUGCAUGGAAAAAAUAAGAGAAACUUUAAGGUUUCUUUCAAAACAUGGUUAAAUCAGCAGAUGAAGUAAUUGUUUCAGGAGUAAAGGAUGUAGAUGAUUUCCUUGAGCAUGAACGAACAUUCCUUUUAGAGUGUCAAAACUGAGUUAAAGAUUCAUCUGUUAAAUCUGAUAGGAAGACAAGAUCCCACAAAAGUUCUGCAAAUGAUAACAAUAGAGUAGGUUCAUAAUCAUAUAUGCUUUAGGAACUCAGGAUUGUACAGAUAUUUGCAAGUUUUUUUCUCAAAGUUUCAGAAGUGUUUGAUAAAA